CACCCGGCCCCAGCCCCCGCCCGCCCCGGCCGGCGCCGCCGCCGCCGCCCCGGGGAUGCCGACGCAGCGGGACGGCAGCGGCACCAUGUCGGCUCCGGGCGGCGGAGGGGGCGGCCUCGGCGGGGACGGCGGCCACCAGGUCCGCGUGAAAGCCUACUACAAGGGGGACAUCAUGAUAACGUAUUUUGAACCUUCCAUCUCAUUUGAGGGACUGUGCAGUGAAGUCCGCGACAUGUGCUCCUUUGAUAACGAACAGCUUUUCACCAUGAAAUGGAUUGAUGAAGAAGGAGACCCAUGUACAGUUUCUUCCCAGCUGGAGCUGGAAGAAGCCUUUCGGUUGUAUGAACUAAACAAGGAUUCGGAGCUUCUAAUUCAUGUAUUCCCUUGUGUACCAGAACGGCCUGGCAUGCCCUGUCCAGGAGAAGAUAAAUCCAUUUAUCGCCGAGGCGCCCGCCGGUGGCGAAAGCUCUAUUGUGCAAAUGGUCACACUUUCCAAGCCAAACGAUUUAACAGGCGAGCUCAUUGUGCCAUCUGCACUGACCGAAUAUGGGGCCUGGGUCGCCAGGGAUAUAAAUGCAUCAAUUGCAAACUCCUUGUUCACAAGAAGUGUCACAAGCUUGUCACUAUUGAAUGUGGACGUCAUACACUACAACCAGAACCAAUAAUGCCUAUGGAUCCAUCAUCAGUGCAUCCAGAUAACGUAGAAUCAGUGAUUCCAUAUAAUCCAUCAAGCCAUGAGAGCUUGGACCAUGUUGGUGAAGAAAAAGAGGCAAUGGGCAUUAGAGAAAGUGGCAAAGCUUCCUCCAGUUUGGGUCUUCAGGAUUUUGAUCUGCUCCGAGUUAUAGGAAGAGGCAGUUAUGCCAAAGUACUGCUUGUUCGAUUGAAGAAAACGGAACGCAUUUAUGCAAUGAAGGUGGUGAAAAAAGAACUCGUCAAUGACGAUGAGGACAUUGAUUGGGUUCAGACAGAGAAACAUGUCUUUGAACAGGCUUCAAAUCAUCCCUUUCUUGUUGGACUACACUCUUGUUUCCAGACAGAAAGCAGGUUAUUCUUUGUUAUAGAGUAUGUAAAUGGGGGAGAUCUAAUGUUUCACAUGCAGAGGCAGAGAAAACUGCCAGAGGAGCACGCCAGGUUUUAUUCUGCUGAAAUCAGCCUAGCACUGAACUAUUUACAUGAACGAGGGAUAAUCUACAGAGAUUUAAAACUAGAUAAUGUGCUACUAGAUUCUGAAGGGCAUAUUAAACUCACAGACUAUGGCAUGUGCAAGGAAGGACUGAGGCCUGGCGAUACGACUAGCACAUUCUGUGGAACUCCAAACUAUAUUGCUCCUGAAAUUCUUCGGGGAGAGGAUUAUGGCUUCAGCGUAGACUGGUGGGCACUUGGUGUACUUAUGUUUGAAAUGAUGGCAGGCAGGUCACCAUUUGAUAUUGUUGGAAGUUCUGACAACCCUGAUCAGAACACAGAAGACUAUCUCUUUCAAGUAAUUUUGGAAAAACAGAUCCGAAUUCCCCGAUCCCUUUCUGUUAAAGCAGCAGGUGUUCUAAAGAGUUUCCUUAAUAAGGAUCCAAAAGAGCGUUUAGGCUGCCAUCCUCAGACAGGAUUUGCAGAUAUCCAGGGACAUCCGUUCUUUCGCAACGUUGAUUGGGACCUGAUGGAGCAAAAGCAAGUGGUGCCUCCGUUUAAACCAAAUAUAUCUGGAGAAUUUGGUCUGGAUAACUUUGAUUCCCAAUUCACCAAUGAACCUGUGCAGCUCACCCCAGAUGAUGAUGAUAUUGUGAAGAAGAUUGACCAGUCUGAAUUUGAAGGCUUUGAAUACAUAAAUCCUCUUUUGAUGUCAGCUGAGGAAUGUGUCUGAAUUCUCCAUUUCUGGACUGUGCCAAUUGUUACUCUGUUCGUUUUUGCAUGGAUAAACAUCUCUUCAUUUGAAUGCACUUGCAUAAAAAUGAAUAACAAAACGUCAUACCAUUGCCACCUAGCGUGGAUUACUCAGUAAUUUUCUUUUUGUAUUAAUUGUCAUCUGGGACAGUUUUUGUGCUGAACCUCGGGCUGCCAGAAGAUUUAAAAUGUAAACUUCCCAGCAGUCUUGCCAAACUUGAAUUUUAAUAUAGAAGCUGGUCUCUGGGGUUCCUGACUGAACAAUGGAAUCUGGCUGUAUAAUUUGCCAAUACAGUGUUCUGAUAAAGGAAAGUUUUCUUACUGCUUUAAGAAUACAAAUUGCAUUAGGGGAAGUAAUAAAAUAUCAUUAAAGGACUUCCAUUUUUCCAGCAAGACAAGUAAGACCUCAUGACUUUUGUAGUUCUAAAUCUAAAUGUAUGAUAGCCCUCUUCUCCUUAGAUGUCGAAGUUGCAGCUCCAUCUUACAGCUACAUUUGCCCUUCAGAUUUAAAUGACAGUAAGGAAAGCAGAUUUUUAAAUGAAUAGGUCAAGAAUGGCUGUUCUCAUAGAGUAUAUUGAUCCUGUCCUAAAGGAGUUGAUUAACUCAGUAUUAGAAUCAAUAGGCUUCACUCCAAAAUGAUAUACAAGGACUUGUAUGCGGUUUGAUACACAGAGUGCCUUUCUGAGCCUGUCCCUUUCAGUGAGGGUUGUGUGGUAUUGUGUCAAUUUAAAUAAGUGGAACUCAAUUAAUACUUUUAAAAAUUAAAAUCUGUAGAGUGCAAUUUAGCAGGAAUGGGCAGCUAAUACUGAAGAAUGCAGAACCUCAUGCUAUUAUUUAUUGCUUUCACAGUUUCUGUCUUAAUGUAUUAGAACUGCAUACACUACAGCUAUGGCCUAGGUAAGGGCAUUGUUUCCCUUUUUUUUUAAUCUCACUGCCAUACUGCUGCCAGUGGAAAAAGCACAUCUAGAAAAAAACAGGUGCUGUCCACGAUGACUCCCUUAACUUUUCCAUUUAUAGACAGUAAUUUGUAAUCACAAUCGAACCUUACAUGUCAGUAGUAAACUCAAAUCUAAUAGUAAAGCAAUCAGAAUAAAUAGAACAGUUCAAACUAGGACUUUUGGGAGGUGUGUUUCUUACAUUUCACGUUGGUAAACAGUGUAAUAUACAGCACAGCUUAUUUUUAAUGUUUGAGGAAUAGUUUUGAAUGUCUUAGGCUGAAGAAAUGCCAAAUGUAUCACUUUUUUUUAUUUUUAUUUUGUAUUUUGGGGAAAAGGGAUUAAGAGACAUUGAAGAAAAGAAUCUGUAUUAUAUAAGUAAGAGCUGUACGGCAAGCUGAGUGUUACUGAAAGCAGAUUUAAGUGUCUGUAAACACGUUAGCAAACCUUAUCUGAAGCUUUUAAUAAUAUUUCUGUUUAGUCAAUGUCUCUCCUUGAAAAAGUCUUGUGUGGUGAAACUGUAAAUUCAUAGCACCAAUCUUCCAGUGAAUGUUUUCACUUACAAGUUAGCUUCAAGGGGAGAGAUUGCACAAAUGCACAGUAGUUGGUAGUAUGGGAUUUAGUUCAUACUUUUCUUUGCAACGUGAGUAGGAAACAAAAUAUUGGACUGAGUUUUCAAAACUAGGAAGUGAUUGGAGGGGCCUCAAUUUCAGGGAAACGUCGAACCUCUGCACUGUUAGAAGUCGGGUUCCCUUGAACUCAAGUUGUGUAUUUUCAAAUGUAAACUAUCAGAGUAAACCUAUUUCUAAAGAGCAACUAAUAAAUUCAACGUGGUCAGUUCGUGUGAAAUGAACUGCUUGCGUGCAGUUUUAAAAUUGUGAUCAAGUGUUUAGCCUUUGACUCUUACACUUGGGUGACUAGUUUAGACAUCAAGACUUAAUUGGUAUUAAACUUUGAAGUUACUUCAAGCAAGAAAAAGGUUGUACAGUGGCUUAAUUUCAUAUGGGGUAUUAAGUAAAAUGGCUUUACGUAGGGAAGGACAUUUCUGCUGUUCAUCACAAAAGUGUAAUGGAGUAGUAUACUGUCUUUUGUGCUCAAAGAAAAAAAAGAUGAUGUUACAGAAAAGAAUACUUUUUCUAUUUAUAUAUCUGACCAUUGUCAAUGAGAUAAAUCACAAAGAUCUUACAUGACUGUAAGUCCAUUUUUAAACUUUAAUUUUCUCCAAAGUGCCAUGAUAUUAACAGUUAUUUUUCACUGUUGAGCAUAUAGCAAGUGUCAUAUUCAGAAUAUUCAGAAGGGACGUAGGGUGUAAACAGUUCAGGGCAGUAGGCUUUGUUUUUUUGAAUACAGUGUCUGCAUCAGAAGCAUGAUGUAUUUAUGUGGAGUUAACCUUUUUGUACACAAGUUGGAUUCUUAUAGGUGCUCUGCUAGUUAAUAUUGUCACUAUUUUCCUGUUUCAUGUGGAAUGUGGUCUUGAACAUUGUUGUGUAAUCAUUCCCUUUAUUUGUGCACAAUUUUUACUUUAAAUAAAACAUUUACAUUA